CUUCAACCUCCGGAAACCUAUUGGAUUUGACGAGGCACACUCUUCUUCGCUACUACUUUGCGUAAUAUCUCUAUACCCCUAGCGACGAAAGCCCUUAUCUUACCUGGACCUUUACUUCCCAUUCUCUACGAGUCGCUAGACACCUUCGCAGUAUCCAUGGAUACCAAGUCAUCAAACCCUCGCCUGACCUCUGAGUCACUCAGUCUUUCCAGCGGCAGCAAUUUUUCAACUCCCUCCGCUUCACUCGCAUCAACUCCCACUUUGGAGGCUCGCGAGUUUAUUAGCGGCGUCCCACCCAAAGUCUCGACAAACCCUCUGCCACCUCUUCUGCGAGCGUAUCCCCAGCCCGCCAAGGACAUCGACGUGGAGGAGGCUCUUGAGCGCCAGCCCGGGAGAUGGAGCCUCCAGGGCCAGAUGAAAGCAAACCAAAAGAGGGCACAGAUUGCCGCAUCCCGAUCCGACGACAAGGAGCAGAAGACGAGGGACUUUGAGACGGCCAAGCGAGAGCUGCUGGCCUUUCACGAGGGCACGCUGCAGAAUGCUUCUGGUAGGAAAUGAAUGGCGAUGGCAGCGGCUACACUGACGAAUUUACGUCCACUUUGCAACGUUUGGUUCAUAUUUGCGCGGCGCAACGGAUGGCAGGAUAUUAUACCCUUGGAGAGUUUCAGACGGGCUAUUACUGCGGAAUAGAGCAUCAGCAGGCUAGAGAUAUUUUUUGGGUUUAUAAAUUUGAAUUCUUAUGACGAAUGUACAUCCUGCGGCUUUUGACUUGUACUGCAUAACUACUACCUAGCGGCGAUCUUUUUUCUACAGCACUUGAGUGGAGUUGGGCGCGAGGGUGGCUCGUAAUGGAUAUUCUGGUGGCAUCUGCAGUCUGUAUGAUGCCGUUGAGUUUCUACUGGAAGCGACGAGCCAGUGUGAAACCAUAGGCCAGCAGGCCGAAGAAACUGGUCAGGUUGAGGGACGCACUGAGGCCGUGCAGCAUAUCAAACUUGCGGUUCAGAGCCUUCAUCUCAGCCGAGGCACCCUCCUUCUCGAACCACUCCUUUCCGUCUCGCUUGCCUUUGUCCGUAGC